AUGUCUAAGUUCGACGCUGCUCCUCCCAACACACAUGCCGGCGGCGACGACGAUGCGCUCCGCACAAAGGGCAACGACCCGCUCAACGCUCCUCCAACAUACGAUGUCGCCGACGAGAGAAUCAACAUGGAAGAGUAUGCUAGAACAGUUCCAAAGUGGAAGAGAAUAUGGCAGCACAGCUUGACGCAGAUGCUGCUACUCAGUGUGCAGGCUUUCUGCGGUCCUGCGAUGGCUGAUGCUAUUGCUGGCCUUGGCGGAGGUGGUCUCGCUACUCCCCAGACUUCGAACAUCGCGACCGCUGUCAACUACACCAUGCUUGCCGUCUGUUGUGCUCUCGGAGGACCCAUCGUCAACAAACUCGGAACGAAAUGGGCUUUGGUCAUCGGCGCCUGCUCGUUUCCAAUCCGCGGCUCUUCCUACUACUGCAACUCCAAGUUCGGAAACCAAUGGUACUUGAUCUUGGGCGGCUUCAUAACUGGUAUCGGGACCGGUGCUUGGUAUGUUGCAGAAUCCGGAACUAUAAUGUCACUCGCGCCAGCUGGAUCUCGUGGCAAGUACCUCGCUCUUUGGAUCGUUGCUAGAAACUUGGGACAGCUUGUCGGUGGUGCUAUCAAUCUGUCAAAGAACCACGAGAAAGGUGUCGAAGGAGGAGUAACGCCAGAUACCUACGUCGCCUUUUUGAUCAUCGAAUGUAUGGCCUUGCCAUUCGCCUUCCUCAUCUCACCUCUUGAACGAGUCGUACGCUCAGACGGAACGCGUAUCCUCGUCUCUGAGAAGAUCGGUACCAUUAUGGAGUUCAAGCAGAUCAAGAUCACGAUGACGUCGAAGCUUAUUUUGCUUUCCGCAUUCUGGGCCAUAUGGUCGUUCUUCUACAGUGGGACAUGGUCGACCUAUCUUGGAACCUACUUUAGCGUCCGCGCCCGCGCUCUUUCCUCCCUCAUCUCGCCAUUCUUCUGUAUCGUCGGUUGUUUCGGUCUGGGUUUCAUACUCGAUCUCAAGGGUGUUAGCCAGCGUCGUCGUGCACAGAUCGGUCUCUUUACCGUCGUGCUUCUCAACCUCGGUGUCUACAUUUGGUCCAUCGUCAUGCAAGUCGGGUUCAACAGCAAUGACCCAGGCAAGAUCGACUGGGAUGACUCGCUGUAUGCGCGUUCUUUCUUGCCAUACUUCUUUGUGCAGACGACUGGUCCUCUGUCGCAAUCUUACAUGUACUGGCUACUCUCUUCUUUCGCAACAGACGCUCAAGCUUUCCGCUGUCUCGAGGCCAUCGGACAAGCCAUCUCCUACGGAAUGAACACCCAAAUCAAGACAUCCCCUCUCAUCGGCUUCUGCGUCACUUUUGGCUUGAUGGCACUUGCGCUGGGUCCGAUGCUGGUACUGGUGAACCAGACGCCAGAUCGCAUCCCCGCUGAUGUGAUUGCGGAAGAGCAGUACCGCGAAGAGAAGAAGAUCGGUAAUGUGAACGUCGAGACCAAGGUAUAA